AUGUCAUUGCGUGUACUUGGGUCGAUGACUGAGGGCGACACAAGUGUGGUUUGUGCACAGAUCGUGGUGGAAUUCAAUGGCUUGGUUGCCACUGGCUUGACCGAUGACGUCAAUUGGACUUCUCCGUUGAGUGCCAAUAUACCGUUUCCAUAUCCGAACCGUCCUGCAGUAUUUCCGAUCCUGACUAGAUUGGCUACGAAUUUACCACCCAACACUAUAAACAAAGUGGGUUGA